GAUAUAUUCUUCUUUGCAAUUGGAAUUGGUGUUCUCCUAUUUGAGUCUGAUAGAAACAAGGCAAGGGGCAUGUGGAUCCGUCUUGGUACUCUCACUUCAGCUGACUCUGUCUGGGAUUGGAUCAGUGUUCGAGAUCUGUCAUUUUUCUGAUACAAGAUUCAGGAGAAGAAUAGGAAUCGCCAUCAUCGAUAAAUGGUUGACGCCUGAAUUUCCCAAAGAGAUGCAAAGAUGGAGAAGAAACGGAAGAUUCUGCAGUACAGGGAGAGGCUAGAUAGGACCCUUGCCUCACCUGAUCUUACAAAUGAUGAGAAACUCAAAAAGCUUGUCAAAAGCCAACUCCUACAUUCAUCAGAAGUAGCAGGAUAUGAGGAGAAAGUAGUAGAAACCAAGACUGCUGAGGUAUCUAGCUUUCUUGAUAUGCUGAGGAGUGCUUCCGAUGAUUGUGGAAGAUCUAAUACAUCACACACUGAUUGGAAGUUAAAACAGGACAGUGAAGAGUUCCGCGUUAUGUAUCGUGAAGUACCCAAGGGAUCACCGUUUCAUACAUUGCUAUUAGAAGGCUUCGUGGAUGCCCCUGUUGAUGUCUGUUUAUGUAUCUCAUGGCAGACAUCCCUUUACAAAAAAUGGUGGCCUCAGUCUACUAUUCCCACUUUCAAAAUCUUAACAUCCGAAUGUUUGGACAAGGACCAGAUUGCAGAACAAAUAUCACUAGUGAGGAUGAAGGUUCCAUGGCCUGCGGCUGUCAGGGAAGCUGUAGUGCACUAUAACCUGUUUGAGUGUUUUCAAGAUGACUUAAUUGUUGUUCUUACAAAUUCGGGAUUUUUGUGCUUGACUUGUUCUCAGAUGCCUGAGUCAAACAGUGGCAUCGGGAACCUCUGGGGUUCCAAAAAUGAGGCAAUUCCUGAAGCAAAGGAUGUCGUGAGAGUUGAUCUGGUGGGAGGCUUUGCUUUACAAAAGGUGACAUCAGAAAGAAGUUACUUUCGGACAAUAGCAAAUAUGGAUAUGAAGCUGGGUAUUGUCCCUCCAUCCUUGAUAAACUUUAUUUCAAGGCAGCUCAUUGGCAAUGGUUUCAAACUUUAUAAAAAGACUGUGGCUUCUAUGAUGAGCCACGAGGAAGAAGAAUUCAGCAAGGCAUUGGAGGACCCAUUAUAUGCUAGAAUCCGCGAAGCUCUAUAUAGCACUAGAGGUUCAAAGGCAAUGAACGGUGGAGAGCUUCAGCAAGUUGCAAGAGUUCUCCCUGCUGAAGACCUUGUUGUGAGCGAGCAAGGUGGGGCAGAAGAUGUAUCUAAAGAGGACAAAAACAUUCAAUAUGCAAGUAGUGUCACAUCGACGGCUACAGAUGCAACAUUACUAAAUAGCAAGGCAUUUUGUGAGAUUGUAGAAGUAGGUAGGGAAGAGAUUGUACAAGGUGAGAAGGAGGAUGAUGAGAAAGUAAAUGUCAUUCCUAAUAAGGAAGUUGAUGUGCGUGCACAAAAGGGCAAUAGAAGUGUACAUAUCCGAGCAGAGGUAGAAGAGGCUCUAGAAACACUAGAUAAGGCCAUUUCAAUGGUUAGGGAAUACCGAAUUCGUUCCCUGUUGGCCUAUGAGGAUAGUGUUGAAGUACCAAAUAGAGAUAUGCUGGAGGGAACUUCACAAGAAGCACCUCAAGGUGACUCUGGCAUCCAAAACUUAAGGUAUACAGGAUCAAAUCCUUAUUCAAAGGAAGUAAAUUCUAACAAAGUAGUACCAACAUCAUCAGAGCAGAAUCUUUCAAGGCCUAUUGAGUCAAGCCAGGUUGCUUCAUAUUCUUUGGAAAAUGGAGCAAUUGAGGACCAAACAACAUGCAAUAACAAGCUAGUUGACGCUGAUUUUGAGCCGUGCGUGCUUUCGGAUGACAAAGAUAAGUCAACCUGCCAGACUAAAGAAAACACCAUUGUAACUAAAGAUGUACCAAAUAAGUUAAGCAGGCAUAAAAAAUAUCUAUACUGUUGUUUUCUAUUUUAGCUAGAAGGGAAAGAAAAGUUUAAUGGCCAAGUGCAGAGGAAGAAGAAAAUGUAUUUUGAGGCGUCUUGCUAACAUGUAACCCCAAGUCCAAUAACUUAUUACAGGUUUUAUAUACAUGGGGAUAACUUAUCCAACUAGACUCUAGCCCGCUGAGUGUAAGAAAUGAUUUUUUUCCCCUUAGUUUUGAUAGAUUUCAAAUUGAUAUAAAAAUAAAUAACCCCAUUGAUUUGGGUAGAUUUGAAUUUUUUUUAUUAGAUUAAGACAAUUUAUUUAGAUUGACCAUAAUAUUGCAUACACGUAGUUUAAAUAUAGUAAGUUGAGACAAAAUUUAUUUAGAUUAAUCAUGAUAUUGCAUAUAUGUAGUUUAAUUAUAGUAAUUUGAGACAAUUUAUUUAGAUUGAUUAUGAUAUUGAUUUUUUUUAUUAGAAGUCUAUAAAUUGUGUGAAGCAAACAAAGUCCAAUACAUACCGAAAAAGACAAAAAAACAGAGUAAUACUAAAAGAAGGAGAAGGUAAAACCAUUUUUGUUUUGUUUCAUAGCUGUCUAGUUGUCUUAUUAUUCUCUGCCAUCAUCGACUGCUCCUUCAAUGUGUUAAUAUGGCUUGUACGGUCAAUUUCCUCAUAGAUGCAUCAUGCAUGACUUUGGGUCUGUUUUGUUAUUGUUAAUUUGUUAUGGUGUGGUUCAAGUUUCUUUAUUAGGAUGUUUCCUUUGUUUGGGCCUUUAAUUAUAAGUACAUUUUUGUUUUCAGUAAGUUAUGUUCUUUUUAUCUUUCACCUUUGUAUCACUACUUUGUUUGUUGAUCUUUUAUGGUCUUUACCUUAAUCUUUCAUUAUUGCGUUAUAUAUAUAUAUAUAUAUAUAUAUAUAUAUAUAUAUAUAUAUAAAUAAAGUAAAAAUAUUUCAAAUGUCAAUAUAAAACAUGUUUAAAUACUAUUUUCAUCAAGCCUGUCCGGUCUACUUAAUUUUGUACACAUGUUAUAUUAUUUGAUGUUCUUCUUACUUAUGUAUAAUAAAAUUUGGCUAAUGCAGUAUGAAACCAGGGAUCGACAAAUAAUAUGCGAUUAUCCAACACUUCCUACUCAAAUUUCUACACAUAUUCAUAGAGAAGAAAGAGGAAUAGUAUAUGCAUAUUCUCAUCCUCAAGAAGAAGAAUAACUCUUCGUACAGUCCCCGUCCCCAAGUUAUCAUCCAUAAUAUCCUCAAGAAGGAGCUUCUUCAUACUAUCCCCAACUAAAUUAUCCUCAAAGAGGAAGCUCUUACUAUCCUCACGAAGAAACUUCUUCAUACAAUCCUCAACCAUACUAUCAAGAUGGAAGCUCUUCAUACUAUCCUCAAGAAGGAACUUCUUCAUAAUACUAUCCUCAAGAAGAAGGAAGCUCUUCAUAUUAUCCUCAAGAAAGAACUUCUUCAUACUAUACGACUCAAGAAGGAAAAAGAGUACUUCCCCUAGUCAAAAGCCACUAAACCAUCUCCAUUCAGGACAACGGAGAUUUCGUUUAUCUAUUUGGGUCAUUUGUUCUCCAAAAAUGGUGAGUGGACUUGGGGUGAAAGAUUUGGAUAUGUUCAACGUUGCACUGUUGGGAAAAUGGAGAUGACGAUUUCUUCAGGAUAGAAAGCAAUUAAUUAUGGUGUCAGAUUAUAACCUCAAAAUAUGGUAACGGUGAGUCUUCCAAAGCUUAUGUGUGGUGGAAGGACUUGGUUAAGGCUUGUGUGGGGAGGUUGCUGGUCAUUGGUUUGAGGGUCGUAUUUAUAGAAGCAUUGGAGAGGGAGUUAUUUGAUUUUGGCAGGAAGAUUGGCAUGGUGGGGGUUCAUUUCAAGUCAAAUUUCCUGAAUUAUUUAACAUAUCUUUACAGCAAAAUUGCUGGAUUGCAGAGAUGGGUUCGUGGUUUGAUAAUACUUGGAAUUGGAAUUUUAUUUGAUCAGAAAAUAUUGUGGAUGGUCUCGUGACCAGAGAGACGAUUUAUUAAGAAUUAUUUCAGCAGCCCCACUGGUAAGAGGGAGGCAGAUUCAUGGCGCUGGAAAAAGGAAGCGAGUGGUAACUACACAGUAUCCUCUGCUUAUGAGGAACUCAUGAAUUUUGAUUUGUCAGAGAUGGAUACCAAUUUUAUGCGUCUGUGGGCAAAUUUGGCACCAUCGAAUGCGUUGGUGGGUUUUUAUCGAGUACAAACUAAGGUAAAUCUUAUUGCUCGCAAUAUCAAUAUUCUUAAUCCUUCUUGUCCACUGUGCUUUAUUCAGGUUGAGUCAACAAACCAACGCAAGGAAUGGGAAGGUGUUCCGGCAAGAAGAUGUGGAUCCAGAAGGGGUAUUUGAACAAGCUAGGAUCAAGGCUUGGCUAUGGUUAAGAGCAAAGAAUAGGCAUUUUCUUCAUGCUAUUUCAGAGUGGUAUGGGGAACCUAUUUCUUGUUUUAUUGCAUUGUAAUUUCAUGACACUUGCUAAUUCUAGAAGGUCAAUAUUUUUUGAGAGAGACUAUGAGUAACAGGCAUGCAUUGUGCGCUAUGUUCCAUGACGGAGGGUCCUGUUGGUUCGUUUGUUUGACAUGAAUAUUGGCUGUUUGAUUUUGGUUGGACUGGAAACAUUGAAAUGGAGGUUUUGUUGUGGCUCGUUGGUCUAUGACUCCUAUUUUGGCAGUAAUAUCUCAUAUGGUUUUAAUCUUGAAGGGGCUCGUGGUUAUUGCUCUUUGCUGGCAGUUUUUUCUGGAAUGGAGAUGGUUUAGUGGCUUUUGACUAGGGGUGUUUUUUUAUCUUGUAUUUUGCUUCUCCUUGAAGAUUCAUUUUGAUUUUAGAAAAAUUUUAUUCUUUUUCCUUC